GAUUUGUGAAAAGUCCGAUCGUAGUGCAGUUAUGGAAAACCAAUCUUCUACUCCUGGCUUUGCACGCGAGGAUGACGGUCGCAGUGUGGGUGUAGCGCAUGCUGGGUAUCACAUUCAGCCAUCGUUAGUCUUGAGCGCAUAUGCCAGCGACGACUGCAUUGAUGCAGUCAGGCAACAGUUGAUUCGCCGUGCGCAAGGCAUGCAAUCCUCCACCUCACCGUUGCUGCGUCGCUCGGGUUUGGAGGGAAGUGUCGUUGGCAUGCAGCCUUCGGAUGAAUACAUGGCAUCUGCCACUCCUCAUCCGUUGGUCAGUGUGAAGUCUAUAGGUCUCUCAUCUCCAUGCGCCCAGGUGCACACUGACGUGGCAGAUGAGUGCAGGGUAGACAAGAACAGUCUCGAGGAGAUUGCUUCUUCUCAAGUAGUGGCGGCUAUCAAUCUGUCUGCUUCAGUUGAUGACUGGUCAGGAUCGCAAAUUCCAUCACACCGUGCACAUCAACAGAGUACAACAACCAACCCCCACCCUCUUCCAUGCACAGCGAUCUCAGCUCCGGCAGCCUUUUCGUUGCCUGUUCUUCCUCCCACACUGGCCUUUUCGUUGCCUGUUCUUCCUCCCACACUGUCAACACCGAUACGCACUUCCCCUGCGAUCCCCUCCACACCUUCUACUCCAGCGGCGUCCUCUCCCUGCUACCCAACUCCGGUAAUGCGAGAUCUUCAUGCUGGACACACUGACAUGCCACCUCCCUUCUCACCUCUACUGUCCCCUCCUCAAGUGAGUACCAUUUGUCCACGUGUUCAUGUCGGGCACACUGCCACGCCACCUCCCUUGUCACCUCCACUGUCCCCUCCUCCCUUGAGUAGCGGUUGUCCAGACUUUAGGGUGUUGUCCAAUGGCAAUGGGGCUGCUGGAAUUGUGCAUCGCCAACUUCAGUUCGAAGAGUUGGACUCAGGGCUGCCAAAAACGGUUUUGGAGAGUAGUCAUGUCCUCGCGGCAGGGAGUGGACUUCGUGUCCCGCCCGUGGGUUCCACAGCUCAUCCAUGUGGCAACGAUGCCCCUGCCGCAGUGGACAUGGAUGCUGUUCUGCAGAGUAAUGAGAAUGGUGAGAAAAAGCAGGGGGUCGGGGCAUGUGGGAUUGGCUCGGGCGGGGAGGGGGUCCAAGGCGGGGUACAUGUCGCCGAUGAUGUCGGUGUCAACGAUGCUGCGGGUAAAGAUGCAGGUGAAGCUCCCGCUAAGAAGAAACCAGCAGGUGUCCGAUGGGGAGAGGACGACACGCUUCUCCUCUUGGAAAUCCGUUGUAAGCAGCUGGCAGCAAGAGCUGAAAAAUCUGAGAAGCUGGGCAAUGGCAAGGGGGUUGGGAAGGUGUGGGAUGUCGUGUCGAAAGAGAUGGAAGCCGGUCGCUGGAAAAGGGAAGCGGAGGAGUGUAAAAGGCGGUGGAAUGUCGUGAGGCGGUGGUACAACAAACUGGAGGACAACGACAAGAGGAGUGGGCGUGCCAAGUACUUCCGAAUGACCCCGACGGAGAGGAUCGCAGCGAACCUCAAAUUCAACUUCAGGAGGUCAUGGUACGAUCUCUUGGAAAGGUAUUACGGAAGUGGAAAAAGUAAAGCUCUUCACCCCGACCAUGUACAGGAUCCGGGGGCUGAGGAGGAGAGUAGCCCCCCUGUGGCUGGUCAGGAAGCCGUUCAGGAGGGGGCGGGUGAAGGCGGAGCACAGGAGGCAGCGGAACAGCGGGCAGCGGGUGGAGAUGCGGGCCCUCCUCGAGGGCCAUCGGCCAGCUCGUCUUCCACUGUCACGGCCGUGACUGAUUCCACACCAGCGAGUACUAAAAGGAGGAAGACUGUCAAUGCUCGCGAACAGACUAUGCACGUGCUGAACACCGCCAUGAGGGAGCAGACCCAGGCUAUUCGCGACUCUGCCAACGAGCAGAGCAGGGUUAGCAACUCUUGCACAGAGCUUCACUGCAACACCUUGUCUCAGCUAUGUGACCGCGAACUUGCUGGACAACGACAAAUGAAUGAGCUCACAUGCACCGUCAUGCGCAAGGAUAUCACAUCCCGUGAAAGAAGUGCCGAAAAAAUGUGUGCCAGCUAUACGCUUCUGGCUGGUGCGCUUCGUUCGUUGAGGCAGCCUCGUUCCCGCAGGCGUGGCGGCCGUUGAGGGUUGUGCUUCUGUAGUUGGCGUUAUUGUGGUAUGUGCAAGGAUGCUGUGAAUGUCGGAGGGUGACAAGGACGGAGACUC